AUGCAAGCGGACGUCUCGCAACAGCCCGCCGUGGUCGUGGUGGCGCGCGACAACGAGCCGGGACAGGGUGGCGUGUGGAACACGCAGCGCAUGCUGCUGGGCUACGUGUCUCCUUUCAUGCUCGCACCGCUACUCGUCCUCAGAACGGAGAUCUCCAAGUGUCUCUACAUGGUGCUGCUCAUGUCAAUGAUGUGGCUGUCCAUGGUUCUGCCGCAAGCGGCCACGGCGCUGCUGCCGCUGCUCGUGAUCCCGGUGAUGGGAAUAGCACGAUCGAAAGAUGUGGCUUCCCUGUACUACAGUGACGCCGUGGUGUCCCUGAUCUGCAGCUCAGCGUUCGCCGUCGCCAUGGACCGGAGCCGGCUGCUACGUCGGGGCUCGCUCAUUCUGCUGGCCAGCGAGGGCCUGUUGUUCCGGCCCACGGUUCUGGCCACUCUGGUAUGCGCGGCAAGCGCAGCGCUGGCCGCCCUGGCGAGACCCACGUUGGCCGUCACCGUCAUGUCGGCCGCUGCUCGAGCGCUCAUCCUCGAGCUGCAGAGGUCCUCGGUGCUCAAGUACUCGAAGCCCGUGGUAGCGUCCAUGCCUGGAGGCGAGCUCCCUUUCUUUUAA